GAGAAAGAGAGAGAUGAGAGAACAUGGAAACUGAUGCACGGUUAAGGCUGACAAGAAUUUAGUAUCAUCCAUCGCACGGCGUCGAAACUCGCAAGGAAAGAGACAGGUUACAGUUAUCUCUCAGUCAUCUCUCUCAAUUCUCCACUCUGAAUUCUCUUUCAGCCCUCCUUCCCUCUCGAUUUCCAUCUGUGUUCAUUGGGAUUGGCUUCCCUCUUUAAUUAUGGUACAUUCCGGCACACGCCUCCUCCUUCGCCCUAGAAAUUUUCAAUCCUAUUAUUCUUCUCGUUCAAUGUUGUUGUCUGCAAAUUCGAUUCCAAUGCCCUAGACAUUCGAGACGGUUCCCUACGCUUCCAUGGAGGAGGAGAAGGUCAGUGGCGGGAACUCGUCGAGGGUUUCUUCUUCUUUCCCGCCGGCGGCCGGCGGGGCCUCUUCGUCUUCACAUGCUUCGAAGAAUGGACGCUGGUUUACCGUAGAGCUUAGACCCGGGGAGACUACUAUAGUGUCUUGGAAGAAACUCAUCAAGGAAGCUAACAAGGCUAAUCAACCUCCUCUCGCUUCCGAGGCUCCUUCAGGUGCCCACCCCGCCCUCGAGUCUCGUAUUGCUCCGGGUCAACCUGUGGAAAGUGAAUUGAAGGAUGCACCUCCUGCAAAUCGUUUUAGUGCUGUUAUAGAGAAAAUUGAGCGCCUCUAUAUGGGUAAGCAUAGUAGUGAUGAGGAAGAACUGGAUGGUGUUCCUGAUGAUGAUCAAUAUGACACAGAAGAUUCUUUUAUUGAUGAUACUGAGCUGGAUGAGUAUUUUCAAGUUGACAAGUCAGCAACGAAACACAUUGGUUUCUUUGUUAAUAGGGGGAAGUUGGAACGCAUAAAUGAACCUGUUGCUUCACCUGACUACCAACCAAAGAAACGCAGAAGGAAGGAUCCUGCAAAAUCUCGUGGUGAGAAGGACGGUGAGCAUGUAUCAAACAGAAAUGCAAAAGAUAGUGAGCAUCUACCAAGUAAGCAUGCUAAAGUGGGUAAUGUGAGGAUGAAAGCUGCUGCACGGACAGCACCAUUGGUAGGGACCAAAUCUUAUGGUUCUUCUCAAAGUUUAGCCACUAUUAGUGAGUACUAUGAAGAUGAGAAAGUUCAGAAUCAAUUGAAUUCUCUAGGACCUUCCAAGAAGAAGUCUACUGAUUCUAAUACUAAAUUGGAGAAUCCUAAUUCAUCGAAGACUUCUAAUAGGGAUGCUUCUAUGUUUCCAAUAGAAGCAAAGAAUAUUGAAAAACAGAAGAGUGGAAUCAUGCAACCUAGAGAGGUUGGUAAUAAAUUGAAAGUUCCAAGUGUGCCCUCUGAUGCUGUCCAUCAGAUAUAUCGGGAUAAAGGUGCUUCCACUCAGAUUGAACCUCAACCCGGCAGACAAUUGAAUGAUAUGACUGAGAUAGAGCUCUCCACCAAAGUUAGGCAGAAGGAGAAGAAUAGCAGUAACCAACUGCCUGACCUUAAUUCCUCUGGGAUCAAGUACCCAGUGCAGACUGCUAAGAUUCCAUCCAUGCAUGCAAGGGAAGGUUCUAGUGUUAGGCCAAAAGGUACAAUGCUUGAAAGGGCCAUUAGGGAGCUGGAGAAGAUUGUUGCAGUGUCAAGACCACCGAUCAUGGAAGUUCAGGAUGGUGAUGUUUCAUCGCAGGCAAUCAAAAGGAGAUUGCCUCGAGAAGUAAAACAGAAGCUUGCUAAAGUUGCCAGACUAGCGCAGUCAAGCCAAGGAAAAAUUUCAGAUGAGUUAAUAAAUCGUCUUAUGAGUAUUCUCGGCCACUUGGUGCAGCUUAAGACAUUGAAGAGAAACUUGAAAGAGAUGGUUGAAUUGGGUUUGUCGGCGAAACAAGAGAAAGAUGACCACUUCCAACAAAUAAAAAAAGAGGUCGUUGAAAUGAUAAAAAUGCAAGCUUCCUCUUUAAAGUCUAAGGUACCUGAGCAACGGGAUGGAGCAUCUGUUGAUUUUCAGGAAGUACUUGACUCAGAAGAAAAAGGGGUCAAAGGAAAAUAUAGCAUGGAUGAUGCUAUGGAAGACAAGAUUUGUGAUCUCUAUGACCUAUAYGUUGAGGGAAUGGAUGAAGACAAGGGACCACAAAUCCGAAAGCUGUAUGUAGAGCUUGCAGAACUAUGGCCAAAUGGAUCCAUGGACAAUCAUGGGAUCAAAACUGCUGUCUGCAGAUCAAAGGAGCGUAAGAGGGCAAUGCUUAGCAAACAUAAGAAUCAGAAGAUCAGGAGGAAAAAGUUGUCCACUGCUCCAAGAGCAGAAGAGGGCAUUUGUGGUGAAGCUAUUACAACUGCUCACGCACGGUUGAUACAAGAGAGACUGGUUACUGAUAUGAAUUGCCAUGUCUUAACUCCACCCAACAGGAUGACUUCAAACAUGGCAGUAGCAAGUCAACACAUUUCAACAUCUGUCAGAAUGCCCAACUCAUCUACAAAUGGUUUUAAUCUUGACCGCAUGCCAAAACAAGAAAAAGUAAAGGGAAGUACAGGUACCUUCUUGAAUGAGGUCCAGAGAACAGAUGGCUCAUUGGUGAAGAAAAAGCUUAAGAGGAAGCCCGAAUCGGUCUUGGGCGAAAUUCAUUUCCAUUCAGACAAGUUAUCUUUACAACAAGAAAAGGAAAAGCACAAGUACCCCAAGCUGACUGGAAGUCUCCCACAUAAACCAAGCAUUCAAUCAACUGGUCUUCCAAGUUCUGAACAACCUAACUGAUAUGAGUCAAGGCUGAAGAGCAGGUUACACUGAAAAUGGGUGAAAGUAACACAAAGCCCCUUAUUGAUUCUGUGUUAUUUUGUGGUGUUGCAGAAAGAAGCGUGGUUUCUCUUUUCAUUUGCCCUGCUUAAACUGCAUCCUUUGAUACCCUCUGGUAGGUUGCCAGUCAACUCUAGGUAGUAGUAAUCCGGUGCCUUUAUUUGUUCUCCAAGUAGAAACGGCAGAAAAGUGUAAUGGUUUGGUGCAGUUUCAACAUGAAGGGCACUUGAACACUAAAGAGGAAGGGCUUUGCUUUUUUUUGGCAACCCCCAAUGGUGUUGCGUUCAUCAUCAUAGUGAGGAUGCGAUCCCUCCUUUUGGUUCUUGCAACAUGAGUUGUAAUAGUUCCAAAAUAGCAUGUGGUGUGAUACCCCUUGCAUGUCUUCUGUAUAUAUCUGAUUUAAGGGAUUUCUAAUUCAGCAGCCUCUUGUUACUGUUUUCCUGGAGGUUUCUAUUAAUUUUUAUAGCUUGAUACUGUUCUGUA